GCGCCCGGAGCAGAGGCGAGGGAGAUGCUGGCUAGGCGGCCGCGUAAUCCUCUGCAGGCCCUGCAGCGCCGCACUCAGGAACUGAAGCUACAGGUUGAUGGCUUGCUUUCUGAGAGUCAAUUGAAAGAAGCUCUAGAAGCCAGUAAAAGGCGAGAUAUUUACCAAAGUAUAGCCUGUUCCCUGUUCCCUGUUUGGGAUGUAGGAGUGGUGAUGUUUGAGAGAGCUCUCUACAGCAUGAUCUCAUCUAAGAAAAUCUCAUUUCAGGUUCUGAGCAACAUUCAUACAGUCAGAGCCACAUGGCAACCUAAAAAGCCCAAAACAUGGACUUUUUCUCCCCAGGUCACAGGCAUCUUGCCAUGCUUGCUUGAUGGUGAUUGUUUUAUCAGAUCCAAUUCUUCAUCUCCAGAUCUUGGAAUAUUAUUUGAACUUGGAAUUUCUUAUAUUCGCAAUUCAACCGGUGAAAGAGGAGAGUUAAGUUGUGGCUGGGUGUUUCUUAAACUUUUUGAUGCCAGUGGAAUUCCUAUUCCAGCAAAAACGUAUGAACUCUUCUUGAAUGGUGGCACCCCUUAUGAAAAAGGUGUUGAAGUGGACCCUUCGGUAUCCAGAAAAGCACAUGGGAAUGUUUUCCAUCAGAUGAUGAUGAUGAGAAGGCAGCCUCAACUCCUAGUAAAACUGAGAUCUUCGAACAGAAGAUCAAGAAACUUACUAAGUUUACUGCCAGAAACAUUAAUUGGAAGUAUGUGUUCCAUUCAUUUGUUGAUAUUUUAUCGCCAAAUUCUUGGAGAUGUACUCCUGAAAGACAGGAUGAGCAUGCAAAGUGCUGACCUAAUUAGUAACCCAGUGUUGGCCACCUUCCCCAAGCUCUUGGAGCAGCCUGACAUGAUGGACGCACUCAGGAGUUCAUGGGCUGAGAAAGAAAGCACAUUAAAGAGAUCAGAGAAGAGAGACAAAGAGUUCCUGAAGGCCAUGUUUCUCCUGGUGUAUCACAACUGCAUGGUACCUCUUCUGCACUCCACACUCCUGCCCCCAUACAGGUGGGCAGAAGAGGAGACAGAGGCUGCCCGGUGGAAGGUUAUCACCGACUUCCUGAAGCAAAACCAGGAUGGUGAGGGUGGUCUGCAAGCUCUGCUUUCGCCACAUGGAGUCCACGAACCUUUUGACAUUUCAGAGCAGACCUAUGACUUCUUGGGUGAGUUAAGAAAGAACACAGCCUGACAGUGGUGGCCCUUGACCCUCAACUUCCCACUGAAUCGAUGGACCCUCCUCGAUGGAUCCUCCUGAAUAAAAGGACAGAACCAAAAGUGACCAUUCCAUUGUAACUUAGGCUCUAUUCUUUUUUGUACGACCACAUUCUAUAAAAAAAAAAUACUUAACCUGAGAAUUUGAAUAUGUGUGAAUACAAUAAAAUACACUUCAUAAAGAAAUAACGUUAUCGAAAUUUAGAGAAAUUUGUUUUCAAGAACCAAGUAACUUAAAUUUAAGUUGACUAUAUCAAUAAAAGCUAAGCUAAGUUUACUAUAUCAAUAAAAGUUGACUAUAUCUAUAAAAGCAAGAUUUUAUCAAAAGCUAAAUUUAUGAUCAUUCAAGAAAGUGAAAAUAGAAAUAAACUAUUGGGACUACAUCAAAAUAAAA